AUGAAGCGGGGGUUCCUCAACAGUGCGAAGUCAAAGGCCAUCCGCCUUGGCUCUGACGCAGGCUACGGCUCCAGCAGCACAAUCGGUGCACCGUCGAUGCCAACCCCAGAUCUCUCCUCCAGUGGCACUGAGACAGUCAUCCUGCCGGCCAAUGCAGCCCCUGACGAGCCCGUGACCGUUUGUUUCUUCUGGCCCGGCUCGAAAGAGGUGUUGAUGAAGAUGCCGGGCUAUCCCAAACCCUUGCGCAAAGUGUCCGAGCCCACCUUUCGAGUCGGUGAGGCUGGCAGCAAGGGCCUCGGCCUGUUUGCGACGCGUGCUUUGAGCCAAGGAGAGCUGAUCAUCGAUGAACAACCGUUGCUCAUUAGCGUUCGCGGGGUCCCUGUGGCGGUGCCGGCGAUGCUUAAUCAGGAACAGACGACCAAGUACCAAUUGAGAGAGUUUGAGAAGUACCUGGAGGUGGUGUUGAAGAAAAUGCGGCCUGCGGAUCGGGAAGCUUUCAUGUCUCUUGCGAAUAGCCAUCUAACUGAUGGAUCAGGACCCAUUGCUGGCCGUAUUCGAACGAAUUCUCUCGGUCUGGAUGGACUCUGUCCUGCUAUGACUGGCCCGAUGGCACAGUAUAGCUCUGUCCCGCAUUAUAUUUCGCGCAUGAAUAACAGUUGCUCACCCAAUACAACCUCCAAUUUUCACGACGCGUCGAUUUCUUAUACGGUCUAUGCAGCGCGCGACAUUGCGGAAGGCGAAGAACUGACGCUGUCCUACUCCGACGUCUGGGACACCGCAGCCAACCGGCAACAGACUUUCAAGCCAUACGGUUUCGUCUGCGCGUGUGAUGCGUGUCGUGACCCCAUCAGCUCCGACCGUCGGCGCGCCAAAAUUCGCGCGUUUGUUCCGUCUGUCCGGAUGUGGGCCGUCAACCGGUCGCUGCCUGAUGACUGGCUCAUCAACAAGUGCCUCGAGCAAAUAGCGCUGCUGGAACAAGAGAAGCUCGAGGGCGAAGUCGCAUUACCAUGCCGCGAUUAA